AGUCGCCGCGAUCACCGAGGACCAACUACUGUGCAUGUGCCGAUCACCUGUGGCAUUCACUUCCGGGUAGGUUACUGUGAAGUACACAAUCAAUAUUAUCGAAGACAAUUUUAUUUCUACAGAGACGAAUAGAUGAUGUUAAAUGAUUCAAUCAUGCAUGGACCAUGGUCAGAGUCCGAGAGUUAGUCAUGCCCUAGGAAGUCAGAGCCACAAGACUGUGGUUGCUAGGUAACCAUGGGACCUCCAAAGGGGUGCAUCGAUGACCUUGCUCACUUGAGUGACCUUGACGAGCAGAUGAUCCUUAAAGAGCUGAAGGAGCGAUAUGAACGUGAUGUUAUAUAUACGUAUAUUGGAGAUAUCCUGGUGUCUGUUAACCCGUACAAGGAGUUGAAUAUUUAUGGCGAUGCUAUUGGGAAAAAAUAUGCACACAUUAAAGAAUUUAAGGAUCUCUCUCCACACAUGUAUGCCAUGGCAACAAAGACGCUACAGAAUGCUCAGCGGAACAGAGCUAAUCAGUGCCUCCUAGUGAGCGGAGAAUCAGGAGCAGGUAAGACAGAGGGUAGUAAGAUGCUUGUGGCUCAGAUUGUACGACUCACGAAUGAUUCAGGAUUUUCCAAUCUCCAUCAGAAAAUCGUUGAGGUAAACCCACUUCUAGAAGCUUUUGGGAACGCAGAAACAGUGAUGAACAGAAACUCCAGUCGAUUUGGAAAGUUGAUUGAACUAAUUAUCUCCCCUGAUGGAGAUAUUGCAGGAGCAAAGAUCACGGAACACAUGCUGGAGAAGUCACGAGUCGUUAACAGAUGGCAGGGAGAGCGAACAUUCCAUAUAUUCUAUUGUCUAUUUGCGGGGCUGUCACUCAACGAAAAGCAGCGUUACUACCUCAACGUGCCAGAAAGUUACAGGAUUAUAGAAGAAGGAUAUGGUAAACAAGUCUUUCGGAGCGGUUUGGAUUACGAAAGUUAUGAGCUGAGGAUGGAAGAACUGAGGAAUAUAUUUAAUGUUGUUGGAUUUUCAUCCCAGGAGGUGGAUUUGAUACUUGGACUUGUAGCAGGAAUUUUACAUCUGUGUAACAUCGACUUUGUGGCGGAGCCUGAAAUCGACCAAGUUAUCAUUGUUAAUGAGGAUGAAAUUGAUUAUGCUUCCACUCUUCUGUCACUACAACCAGAGGACUUAGCAACAGUUUUACUGUCAAACAGGGCAUUUGUACGUGGGGAGAGAAUUGUGACUUUGAAGACAGUGGGUCAGGCGUGUGAUGGGCGUGACGCCCUGGCCAAGGUGCUGUAUAGUCACCUGUUCAGCUGGAUUGUCGCUCAGAUCAACAUCGAACUUGACCCAAAUGUUGACCGCAGAAACAACAGAUCAGUAGGGACGAUUGGGAUUUUAGAUAUGGCAGGUUUUGAGAAUUUCCCCGUCAAUAGCUUGGAACAAUUAUGCAUUAACACUGCUAACGAACAGCUUCAGAACUUUUUUAAUGAAUACAUAUUCGCAUGGGAGCUGCGUGAAUACCAAGGGGAAGGUAUUAAAAGUCCAAAGGUCAAGUUUGAAAAUAACAGAGACGUUCUGGAUCUUUUAUUAAGGAGACCGGAGGGAAUAUUUGCCAUACUUGAGGACGAGUGUCGCCUACAGACAUCAACUGACCAGUCUUAUGUGGACAAGCUUGACCAAUGCUUAGGGAAACACUCGCACUACAAAAAGUCAAAGGCCAGAGAACCAGUCUUCACUAUAUCACACUUUGCCGGCCUGGUGAAGUACAAUGUACAGGGUGUAGUGGAGAAGAACCGAGAGACACUUAGUCCAAAUUUUACCAGUCUGAUGGAGAAUAGCCAGAACAUGCUGAUUGCUAAAAUGUUCAGUAUACAAAUGACAGAGUCGGGACGCUUUGACCCUCAAGUGGCUUUAAACGGAGAUCACUCUUGGUCCGCCCCAGAAUGGUCACUUCCACAUCGGCCAGACUUUGGACCUGGGGACAGUUUGUCACGUCAAGUAGGCAGACGACUUAAGGAAAGGGCAAGUAGAGAAAGACAACAGCAAAUGACAGGGCCACCAAAAAAUACAACCAGUGCUCACUUCAGGGUGUCUCUGGCAGAAUUAGUGGAGAAGUUGACAUCCGCGGAACCUCACUUUAUAAGGUGCCUGAAGCCCAAUGCUAAUCAGAGUCCUGACAACUUUGACAGCAAGUUGAUUAUGGCCCAGCUUCGGAGUACCGGUGUCCUGGAAACCACACGGAUACGGAAACAAGGUUUUCCCACCCGUCUUCCUCAUCAUAUAUUUGUGGAAAGGUACAAGAUUCUUGGCUUUCCUGCCACUGCUGUUAUUGAACCGUCCUUUAUGAGAAACGCUUGUUUACAUAUCCUCAAAGCCACAGAUGUCCGGGACUGUGAGCUGGGAAACACAAAGGUUUUCCUCCGUUACUGGCAAACUGACAAACUGAACCUCUGUCUUGAUGUAAUGAUGGAGGAAUUGGUGACACUUCAGAGUGUAAUACGGACAUUUCUUGCUAGGCAACGGUUUCUAGCCAUACGAAAACAGCAUCAUAAUAAUCAAGAAAUGCUGGCCAAUUUUGGAGAUUUCCUGUCACAUGAAAAUUUUAAAGUGUUUCAUAUGAUGGUGUCGAGUGACGACCACGACAAACUUAACUAUCAAACGCAGGUCGAGGAAGCCCAGAGACGUGAGAGGGAGAUACAGGAAGCUCGCAGACGCGAGAGGGAGUUUCAGGAAGCUCACAGACGCGAGAGAGAGAUUCGGGAAGCCCCACCCACUCCCCACAAUCUUGGCUUUUCAGGCUACUAUGAUCACUUAGAAGAAGAUUAUGACUCUCCGAGUCCAGAUUACUACAAUGAUUCACGUUCCAAACAAACACCAGAUCACCAAGUGCAGUUUCAAGGUCGUCACAUUCCAGAUGUUCAAGGUCAGCGUGGCCAAAGUUCUGGCUUCCUUUAUCAGAAUCACCUGAACCAGCUUCUACAGAAAUGGGGGGAGCUUGACCCAGAUAUAUGGUGCAAAAUCCUCUACAUGGAGUAUGACCGUCCAGUGGCCAAAUUCUACAUACUUGACCGUGAGGUCAAAAUUGACAUGUCCUAUGAAGAGUUUGAUGGAGAAAGGAUUGGACUGGGUGUGUUCAGGAAUAGUAGGCGUGAUGCAGUAACUGAGGAAUAUAGGAGUUACAUAGGCAAGGGUCUAAAGCUGCGGAGAGAUGAUGACGGCAGUAUCUUGGCGACCAGAAUCGGUAAAAACGAUCUUGUGGUCAAGGAUUGGUUUGAUCCAGCCAACCACUGCUUCUCUGGGGACGUCCUAAAACACAAUGGCCACUUACCACUUGGAGAGGCCGUCAAGGUUUUUGACAUGGAAGAACUCAAAAGUCAGAUGGGUAUUAAACUGAAACAGGGAUGCUAUAACGAACACAUCAGCCUUCUGCAACACCAAAGCAUUGUGGGUAUAAGUUUUGUCAAGGAUGAGAAAGAGAUCGUCACCACACCUUGUUGGCUGCUUAUCAUCAAUGUCACUGCCUUAGCACGACUGAAGGAUCCAAGCGUGAAAAACCAGGUUCAACAGAAGCUAGCAGAGAUGACUGUGCUUCAGAAGGAAGACGCAAUGGAAGAGGAAAAACGAAGGAAAGAAGCGGAAACCAGACACAAGACAAGAGAAUGGUCAAAACGAAACAUGCGCCAGGGCGUCAUAGGCUUAGAUGCUCCACUAAGGAAAACUAGACUGGAUUUGAGGCAGAAAGGAGAAAAAAUUAACGAACACAUGUUGUAUAGCUGGGACGAACAAAAUUUCGUUGGGAAGGAAAAGCAUAUCAACCUUUCAGGACUGCAAGAUGAUUACGAGGAGGUGGAAUCCAUGUUUGGUGGACCACGAAGGUCCACACGGCAAGGUGCAAGGGGGACUUUUAGCUCCGGCAGUUCCUUGUACCCUGGGAAAUCACCGGCCCGCAAAAACUGGGCCAAAAUCAAAAGUGCUAUAAAAGAGGAACAAGGGAAGGACGAUGAAGAGGAGAUUAAAGCUAAAAUGGACCGUUACUGACCAUCGCCAAUUUUUUGUGCUAAUAUGCAGUACAGCACCUAGUGCAGGUUAAACUGCCCGCUGACUGACCAUUAAUAAUUCAUAAUCAUGGUUAAGUAUACACCAUCCAGUGGUAUUGCCUUAUUGGUUACACAUGUCUUGACGUUGUUAGUUAGUGAUGUACGGAAUGGCAUGAGGCAGAAAAUUAUCAAUAAUUAUUUACUGUAGAACUAAUUUCCAUUAUGUAAUAAUUACCAUAACUUUAUAGAGACCCUCUCUCCACCCAUUCCUUUUCCCUUCGCACUUGAAACAAGUGACCUUAACAUGAUUGUGAACUUGCAGAAGUGACUGAUACUGACAUAUUAUGAUAUACAUGGUAAAAUUGAAGCACAAGUUCUACACCCUGGCCCAUACCUUAUCAGAAAUGGGUAAGUGUUGUGUAAUCCAUGUAGAUUAUUGUUACCGCAUAUGUAACUGUCAGUUACAUGUAAGAAAUGGUCACUCUUUUUUUACAGGGCAAAAGGUUGAACUGCCACAAAACGUUUUUUAACCUUAUUUAAGAAAUUAUCACGAUGUGUUAUUGUCAUCCAAUGAUGACAGCCUAUGUAAAUCUGGGAAGAUAUUGUUGAUAGGCAGCAGUAACUCAGCAGUGACUUGAAAUGAGGUCCAAUGACCAAACGACACUGGUCAUGACACCUUGACCUUCACUACAGACCUCCACUGCUGACCUCCUUUGCUGACCUCCUUUGCUGACCUCCUUUGCUGAACCUUGCUCAUGACCUCCACUGGUUUAUUCUGCUGCUGACAAGGAUGUGUCUAUCUAACUUUCAAAGGAACACUAAGACUGAUUCAUUGAUUUUAAUCAGAAAAAAACAUCAAUUCAUAGAUUUAGAUCAGAAAAAAAAAUCAAUUUUUGUUGACAAAUUGUUUUAGUUGUGGAUUAUUUUUAACUUGUAAUUAUCUUGUACAUAUCAUUAUGACCUAUUAGGUUGUAGCCACCAUAUAUGUUUAAAGGGCAAUAAUUUGGAGCUCAGAAGUUGAUUUUAAAAUUCUUUAUGCAGCAAUAUUUGAUAACUGGACUUGAACUUAUUAGAAAGUGCCAGACUUCAGUAAACUCUUUGUAAUCAUCUGUUGUAUUAUUUUACAAAUCACUUAAAAAACAAUAGCUUCAGUAGCAUAGAAUUAUGAUCACAUAGUGUACCUUUGAUAACGAUGUUUUUCACCGAAUUAUUAUUACACAAGUGUUAAGAAGAAACACUAAUGGCAGUAUUUGUAAUUAAUUACUGUAAAAAUAUUAUUUUAAGUGUUCUCAAAUUUUAGGGCUUUACCAUAUUUUAACAGAUUGGUGCAAUUAUGAAUUGGCGCACCAACAUUACUUAUUGUAGAAAUGGUAUAAAGAAAGUGUUAUGCUUUUCUCGAUGAAAGCGCUAAAAUAGGUUUAUCGCUUAAAUAAGUAUACCUCUAAAAUAAGAUUACCGCUAAAUCAAGAUAGCCGCUGAAAUAGGAUUAGCACUAAAAUAAGUUUACUUCUAAAAUCAGUUUACUAAAGUUUACUUCUGAAAUAAGACUAUCCCUAAAAUAAUGUUUCUGCUAAAGUAAGAUUAUCACUAAAAUGAGUUUUCUGCUAAAAUAAAAUUACCACUAAAAUAUAAUUUCCGCUUAAAUAUGAUGACCUCUAAAAAAUAAAGUUCAUUCAUUCAUAUUGAACAUCCACCUUUUUAACUUGUGUACUGGAAACAACUCUUCAUUAAUAUCAUCACCUUAUCACAUGGUGCUGAAUACAGAAUACUUGCCAAAAUAAUUCUGACCUCUCUUGAUACUGGAGAAAUAAUUCCCUAUUCGGUAUGUGGAAUUGUGUUGAUAAUGCUCAAUCUUGUAUCGUUUUAAAAAUUGUUGUAUUAAUGGUGCAUGUAAAUAUAUCUCGAUCAUUAUAAAGGAAUCUUAUUCAACCUGGCGGAGAUUGAUGCAUGCUAGGGCUUCGUGUUAGAUAAAAUGUAAGUUUU